AUGAUGUGCCACUACCAACUGCGUUCGGACAUCGUGAUUGCGCUGAUGGAUGGCAAGCGUCCUGGAGAUGAUCCUACGCAUGAUGCAAAAGACGACCUUGAAUCGUGCAGUGUCAGAUCCAUACAACCUCAAGGAUCCUCGUUUGAAGAAGAUGAGGUUGAUUCGCACAACGAUGAGGAGGAUGCCGUUGCCAUGCUGGAUUGGAUUGCUGGCGUCGGUGUGGGGCAUGGACAUCAGGACGGUGGUGGAGAAGUCGAGCGUGUGCUGGCUGAGCUGGGGGGCAGCAACAUUGAGAGUGCUCCCUUUCUUGGUUCUUUGCAUGAGAGCCACGAGGGGGCCAACGAGUUGGAACAAGAAAUGCCACCUCUUACUGGCACGUUGAGGACAGGACAACUGGCAACCCAGGAUUCCAGCGGCCUCUCGCUCGACAGCUUCCUCUCUGGUCAAGUGGAGGCUCCUCCUCACGAAGGAGAUCAGACUAAAGUUCGCAAAGGUGAUGCAACGGAUUGCGAGGCGAAGCCUCAUAUGCCUGGUUCAGCCAUACAAACGAGUGGCGAGUGUGCGGAGGCCUCGGAGGAUUUUGGUCCUGUUGCAGCCCAGCUCCUUAUUGAACCUCUGGGUGUUUCCCAGUGGGAUUGUGAUCUGCAAGAUGUCGGCGAGGGACGAUCAGAAGACGGCGAGAAGACAGAACCUCAAGCUCGUGGUAAAGCUGGAACAGAUGGAUAUGUGACUAUCGCGCCAAGGCCCCCGAAUGCAGACACCGAGCCUCUAGUAGCCCCGCCUGUUCCGCCUCUAAAGAGCAUGAGAAACCAGAGUAGAAAGGGAAAGAAAUAUAACAAAGAGGAUGGGCUUGAUAUUCCACGCUGGAUUCUUCCGAAGCAUGUCACCCGGGGAAACAGAAAGCUAGCCGAUGCGACGAGGAAACCGAGGAGACGGAGAAGUUCAGGGGCCUCCACGGUGAGCCGAGACAGUGACAGCAAGAACGAAGGCCGUGACAACUACAACUGCAACCUUUGUGGCGCGAGAUUCAUCGGAGAAAACGAUCAGGACGAGCACUUUUGUCUUUUUGUCAGGAUCCCAAGGAAGCUGCUGCUGAAAGAAGAGCUGAAAGAAAGCAUACCCAAGGAUUACGAACUGAUCCUGGACCUAUACAACGACAAGGAUAAAUACAAGAAUGGGAAAAAAGGUUACCCUGGAGAGCACGAAAAGAAUAACAAGCAGGCACUCGCAGAUAGGGAGCCCAUCAACAAGUUCAUCAAAGACGUCUCUUUGCUUAAGUUGGAUGUAGAAGAGAUGUUGCGUCGAGCCAAGAAGGAGGGGGUCGAACCCAUCCAGCGAACGUUCGAGAGAACAGAUUCUGAUGUGCCGAGCAACGACCCGACUGGCAGAUUUGAAGACGUAAAGAUGGGGGAAACCUAUGUACAGCGCUCCUCGGAUGCGGACGAGCCUGACGACGUCAAGUUAGGCCCUGUAUCUUCAUCAGAGGUCAACCAGGAGGUCGGACCAUCACAGGUGGGCUUAUAG